UCUCCACCUGACCAUAACCGCGCUUCUGAUGCUGGGAGUUGCACCCCCUCCUUGCUGGGGGCAACAGGUAGCCCCCUGCACCUUCAACUCCAUGUGCUCGUGCAAGUUUGGAGGAGGAGACACCCGGGGAAUCCACUUCACCACCCCCAAGUCUCUGGACAGCGUCAGAGACAUCAUCUGUGUCGGCGUUCCGUUCUCAAAACUGCCCGAGUUCCCGGGGGGACAGGUGGAGCACGUGGAUGUGGUGAGCUCCGGUCUGGAAGAGCUCGAAAACGAGGCGUUGAGCGGCUCACAGAUCCAGUCGUUGCGGCUAAUGAGCAACAGGAUCCAGCACGUGGGCGAGCGGACGUUUAGCUCGAUGGCCCACGUGCUGAGGUCCCUGGACCUUAGUUACAACGAGCUGAACGAGGUGCCGUUCCACGCUCUGAAGCCGCUAACGUCUUUGGAUUGGCUCAACUUCCACAGCAAUCAGAUUUCGUCACUCACGACCGUCGAUGGCGAGGGGGAUUGGUCCAUCAUGCGGGAGACGCUGACCAACAUGUUCCUUGGGGAUAACGACCUCACGGAGCUCCCGAAGGAGAAGACCAAGAACGGAAACGGAGACAACAAUAACAAUAACAACAACAACAAACACCACAACUGGAACGGAAACGGAGGCCGCACGGAGGAGGGAAAUGGAUCCGGCGCCUCACUCGCCGAAUGCCGAAUGCUCACCUGGUUGAACCUCGACAACAAUAAGGUGAUGACACUUGAACCUGGCUCGUUACCAGAGGCACUCCAAACUCUGAGCGCGUCCCACAACCUCAUCUCGAGGUUCCCAGCCGAGGCGCUGGACAAUCUUCAAGGACUAGCGUGGCUGUACCUUCGAGGAAACUUCCUGGAAGAGCUCCCCGAAUACACUUUCAAACAUCACAAGAAACUCGACAAACUGGACCUAGGCGAAAACUCCAUCCAGGCAAUACCUCACAACGUCUUCAACAACACGCUGACCGUCCGAGACCUGAACCUCGAUUUCAACCAGCUGAAGACGCUCCCAGCACAAGUCUUUCGGGGCCUUAGUCCCAGCAGAAUAUAUUUGUCCAUGAACAAGCUGGAAGGAAUGGAUGACAGGGCAUUUGUAGGGAUUGGUCACAUUCUGGAUUUUCUUGACUUGGAGCAAAACAACCUGCAAAGAAUUCCGAAAGCCCUCAGUCAGCUGAAGAGACUGAGGUUUCUUUAUAUCCCGUCCAACAAAAUUAGCGAAGUAUCAGACGAUGCUUUUGAGAGUUUCUCGGGGUCUUUAAGAGCUCUGUCAUUGUCAGGAAACCAAUUAAAUAAGAUUCCAAGAGAAGCUCUCAGAGACUGCAAGAAGCUGUCACAUCUAAAUGUUGGUUAUAAUCAAAUUUAUGAAGUCGAAGAGGAAGAUUUCUCAAGAUGGGGUGGUUCAUUAGACACUUUACUCCUGCGAAAUAAUAGAAUCGCUCGUCUGGACGCACAUGUGUUCCGGGCGACUCCACGACUGCGAGAACUAAGCCUGUCUUUUAAUAAACUGAGUGAUGUCGAUCCCGAUGCCUUCUCAGACGUCGCCGGCAGCCUGGAAAAUCUUGAAGUGAGUUUUGGGAUGUAUAGGGAGGACUUCCCUGAAGACUUUCUCAAACCGCUGAAAUCCCUUCUUUGGUUGGCGUUAGACAACAAUAAUAUUCGUACAAUUUCGCCAACAGCAUUGUACACGUUCGGCCAACUUCAGUAUUUUAAUUUGGAUGCGAAUCGAUUGGAGUAUCUACCGCCCGGAGUGUUUCAUCCCAACGUGCACAAAAAUCUUCACGACGUUAGGUUGUCGUACAACCACCUGCAAGUCCUGUCUUCUGAAACAUUUGCCUCCCUUCGAGAGUUACGGACCGUCGUUCUAUCUGGAAACAGAAUCAGGACCGUGAAGGUGGGAGCGUUUAGUGGUUUGCCUAACCUUGUCACCCUGGUAAUAUCGGACAACAAAAUAAACUCUCUUGAGCCUAGGACAUUCACAGAGUUACCAAAUUUGAUAAAGUUGGAUUUGCAAAACAACGAGCUGAAGGAGUUUUCCUUGAGCGCCUUCCUGAAUGUGACCGGGUUCUUCAUGCCUAUGACCAUAAACAUCUCGAGGAACCAGAUAUCGUCUCUCUUCGUAGGAGACACAGGUUCCCCCUUGCACGUCAAGACACUGGAUAUGAGUCACAACAGGGUUCUAGAAGUACCUGUCAACUUCUUACAGAGCUUCUCCGAUUCUCUACGACGACUCCACAUGGGUUACAACAGCAUUGGUCACCUAGAUCCGGAAGCAUUUGGGAACCUAGAGCUGCUAGAAGUGCUCACUCUUGAACAUAACAGCAUCGUAAACCUCAGGAAGAAAGCAUUCGAGGGCGUCGAAGCUCUUCAGGUGUUAGACUUGUCGCAUAAUCAUAUCGAACAAUUACAAAUUGAACAGUUCUCAAAUUUGGAAAACCUCCGGAUAAUUGACUUAUCGCAUAAUCACGUCCGGUCACUACCUCGCGAUGCGUUUCAGAACACGAAACUCGAGAGGUUAGACCUCUCCAAUAACGAAUUUGUUGUGAUGCCAAGUAGUGCUUUGGCUGAGGUGGGGUUCACGUUGAGGCACCUGGACAUGUCUUACAACCACGUGGAGCACUUGGACAGCACGAUGUUUCCUGACACGCCGUACUUACUGGGGCUUAACCUUGCGCACAACAAACUCACGAUCCUCCCGGACAACGUGUUCACGAGUCUUGGCGGUCUGCUCAAACUUGACCUCAGCAGCAAUUCCCUGAGAGCAAACUUCAAAGAGUUGUUUCACUACGUGCAAAAGCUCAGGCGGCUAAGCCUAGCGGACACGGGACUCAAGGUCACGCCGAACCUGCCACUCCCAAACCUAGUGACCCUCAACUUGUCCUCCAACUCCAUCGAUGAGAUGCCGGUGUCUGCCGUCGGCGGGCUGGAGCGACUCAGGACUCUGUAUUUGAAUGGUAACUGUUUCACGUCCGUACCCUCUCAGGCCUGGUCCCACAUGCCGCUGCUCAAGACGCUGGACGUCUCGAAGAACAACAUCAAGAUUAUUACGAAGGAAAGCUUCUCGGCACUGAUCCGCCUGCAGUCUCUAACCAUCCAGGAUUUACCACUGGAGAGAUUCGACGCGGAUACUUUGACCAGACUCCGUCUUCUGACAUCAUUACGAAUUCAAACGUGGCCUAAAAUCGAGAAAUAUCGAUUUCGUCUCGGUAGCGCGUUAUCCAAUAUACCGUCAUUACGUAAGCUUUCCGUUCGAGUACUGGAGUCAUCGCUGACGGACCAGUUGACGGGGGCGUUCACUCCGCGGCUGAGGCACGUGGAGAUCACGGGAAACGAACUAAGGAACAUUGACGCUGAAGCUUUCGAAGGCAUCGAGGAAAACUACGAGAUGGUGCUGCAGAUAAGAGGGACGCAGAUCGAGGAACUUCCUGCAGGAUUAUUCGCAAAGCUGGAAAAAAUCCCUCACUUGUCUUUAGACCUCAGGGACAACCGACUGUCGUCACUGAGCCCAGGGACGCUCUACUCCAACGGGACGAGCUGGGAAAAUGUUGGCACGAGACUUAUCUCAGGCGGCCUUGUCCUCAAGGGUAACCCGUGGACGUGCGACUGUGGACUGGUGUGGCUGGGCCAUUGGCUGAGGCGGUGGUUGCGGGAGACGAUGCAGAUCCACACCGUGGUCCUAGAGGGGGCACAGCAGAUGCAGAACCUCGCCCGGGAAGCGACCUGCACGGACCCCAGGACGGGACAACAGACCCCGAUACUCGAUCUCUACCCCGAAGACCUCAGCUGUCACGCCAGUGCGCUGAGCAGAGGAGGAUCUUCCUCGAGAUGUGCUUUCAGUAGCAGGCACCAGAGGACGCUUGUCGUGUUACUUCUCAUGUACUGGUGGUCUUGGUGACGUCACGCUUAGGGUUUCUGUCGGUGAAUCGGAAAGACUGGCUGGUAUUUUGUGUCUUGUGGUGAAGACACGUCAUCCGGGGACAGGGGGAAAUUCAGAAUGAGAGUAAUUAAAAUAUGCAUAAGCAGGUCUGUGAAACGAGAUAUGUGUGGAGCUGGAACGGGGGUACUUCAUAAGAAAUUACGUAAAGCGGAUAUCGCCUCAAGGUGAAGCUGUGGAUUAAAGUCUGAAGUAAGGAGCUUCUGUGUCUUUGCUGUUCUACAAUUCUAUUCGGAAAACGUCAGUGCGUUAUUAAACAGCUAAGGAACUGGACUGAAACUGUUUAAUUGGGAUUUUUUUCGAGCUGAAAAACGUGAACGUCAAGGAACGCAACCGAAACAUACUUACGAAUUUGCAGUCAAAAUUUAAUUAAAACUACAUUAACGCUUUGAAGCUAAAAGAAGAGAGAGAGAGAGGAAACAGUUU